AGUACUUAGCGACAAACAAUCGAAGCUGGGGCUGGGGCUGGGACUUGGGCUGAGGCUGGCCAACUAUAAAAGCCAGCACUUUGGCCCGUCAUCAUCAACAGUUGCAAUCGAUUCACCCAUCAAAGCACAAACCUCCUCCAAAAAUGUUCAAAUUCGUUGCCUUCUUUGCUCUUCUGGCCGUGGCUGCCGCUGCUCCUGGCCUCAUCGCCGAGACGCACUCGUACGUCCAGCCCGCGGUGCUGACCAAGACCGCCUAUGUGGAUCACAGCGCCUCCUCGGCCAUCACCCACCAGAGCAACGUAAACCUGGUGCGCAAGGUGCCAGUGGCUCCAGUCGUCACCUAUGCAGCCGCUCCUGUCGUCCACCAGACCGUCGUCCCGGCUGCUCCUUUGGUCAAGACCAUCGUCCCUGCCGCCCCAGUGGUCCAUACAGUGCAUGCUGCUCCCCUGGUCAAGACCGUCGUCCCAGCUGCUCCCCUGCUCCACACUGUCCACUCUGCCCCUCUGGUCCACACAGUGCAUUCUGCUCCCCUGGUCAAGACCGUCGUCCCAGCUGCUCCCCUGCUCCACACCGUCGUGGCCGGGUCCCCCGUUGUUUACUCCGCCUACCACAAGUGAAUCGAUUGAAAGCGAGUUGAUAAAGGAUACUGUUAUGUCUGAGGAGAACGUUGAGCGAAUCGAUUAAAACAAAAGUAUUACAAGA